AUGACAUCAAUCGAUUUGUAAUCUUAGACUCAAUUCUUUGGAAAGAACUAUUGGAGAAAAUUAAGAUAAAUACAAUUUGGAAUAUAAGAAGAAUAAAAAAUGACUGAAACAGUAAUGCUUAAUGAAAAACGUGAAGCAGAUUUUCAAUUCUCUCAUAUGAAAAGUGUAGUUUGUGUUAAAUUUUGUAAGUCCAAAGAACUUUUGGCAACAGCUUGUUUGGAUAAAAGCGUGAGAAUUUUUUCAAUUGAUGGAGAAUUAAAACAUCAAUUCUAAAACUAAUUCGACUCGGACAAAACACUGUCAUUUAGCUAAAACGGAGAAUUUCUAGCUAGUGCAGGUUCGUAUGAUAAGAUAAUAAGAGUCUGGAAUGUCGAUAGUAAAGAACUAGAAUUCGAACUUAAAGGCCUUAAAAGCAAAAUUUUGAAAAUCGCUUUCUUUAAUAACAGAGAUGACAGACUAAUUUCUAUUACUUAGGAUAACUAAAUUUAGAUUUGGGAUAUUGAAUCCAAAACAAUCAUACAUACUCUAAAUGGCCAUAGAAAUUGCAUCACUUCAAUUUAAAUAUUUCAUGACGAUUCUCGUUGCGUAACUGGAUCUUUGGAUGGCAUGAUAAUGGAAUGGGAUUUGAAGAAGUUUCAAUUAAUAAAAUAAUGGAAUGGACAUCAAAAGGGAUGUUUUGCGUUGAAAUAUGCAAGUGGAGGACACACCUUAGUUAGCGGUGGAGGAGAUAAAAAAAUAAAAUUGUGGAAUACGGAUAAAUAUAAACUAUUCAAAUAAUUUAAUGGUCAUAGUAGUUUCAUAUAUGCAAUUGAGGUUCAUAAAGAUACUGUUAUCAGUUGUCAAUUUAAUUCAACAUUAAUGUGGAAUUUGAAGACCUUAAAAAAAGUUCAGCAGAUACCAAGCACUUAAUUAGAUUAUUGCUUUGUUGAAAUGAUGAAAGAUUAGUUCAUUAUAGGAUAGAAUAGUGUUGGAAUCAAAGUUUUCGAUUUUUUGUGA